AUGGCAAAACGCACCCUAGACUCGUUUUUCAAGCCAUCAACCCCAAAGCGUACCAAGCUUGACACCGAUGCAGAGCCAGAUGACCCCAAUGCCAAUACAAAAUCACCAAGUGAACACCCAAGCUAUCCGAUCCCAAUCGCACAGCUCCCUUCACAUAUCGAAGUGAGCCUCGAACAUGGAACUCCAUUCAAACAAGCCCUUGAAAUAAACAAUCAGCCGCAUCUUGACCUCCUUCAUUUCCAACCAUACCUACCGCGUGCAACAGCGAACGAACUUUUCAAGUUCCUGCGCCGGGAACUACCAUUCUAUCGAGUGCGCUACACAGCCCGCCGCGGCAACGUUUCGACAGAGAUCAACACACCGCGCUGGACGACGGUGUUUGGUAUUGACGAAACCUCUGUGUUCACCAACGGACAGGCCGUAGAUGCCCAAACGGGAUCCCCGGUGUCGCCAUCAAAAUACCAAUGCACGCCGCGGCCGAUCCCAGAUUGUUUAGAGCUGCUGCGCAAGCAGGUAGAAGCGCAUGCGAAGGACGGCGAGAAGGGAUACAAUUUCUGCCUUGUGAAUUACUAUGCCGGAGGCGACGAUAGCAUCUCCUUCCAUUCCGACGAUGAACGGUUCCUGGGUUCGCGGCCGAACAUUGCGUCCCUGUCACUGGGUGGGGAGCGGGACUUCCUCAUGAAGCCCAAGCCGGUACCCGUUGACAACGCGGGUAUUUCGAAACCGGCUGCUACCGUGCCUGUGGGGCGGCAGAUUAAGAUGGGUCUUGGUUCGGGCGACAUGGUAAUUAUGCGGGGGAGACGCAGUCGAACUGGUUACACAGCAUACCGAAGCGGAAGGGCAAUACGCAGGGACGGAUUAACAUCACGUUCCGGCGGGCGAUCGUGCCUGCGGGGACGAAUAAUUACUAUCAUUAUAACGUCGGGGGUGGGGGGGAUGUAUAGGUGGGAUGAGAUCAGUCGGGAAAUGGUUGAACAGAAAUAG